GAAGUUGCAUCAAAACAUUUUUGAGUCUUCUUCGUGAAUGCCCAUGUUAUGGUGAAUGCCCUACAAGAAACACGUCAAUAGUCUCGAUGUAGUCUCCACAAGACCGUUUCAAGGUAUCCACACAUGAUGGCUAUCGACGUACUUUUGAGGAUUGUCAAUGGACUGGGCGGUGCCGUGACUCGAUCCCUCACCACUUUGAUUUCCCUCAAUCACCGCCUAUGUGAGGUCGUGGUUGGGUGUGUCUCAUGGGUUUUGGUCCUCUUAGGCUCUUGGAUGUCUUCCAUUCUUCUCGGGAUCCGGAUUUCACUCGAAGAUUUGUCUCUUUUCCUCUCGGAAUCCCUGGAAUCCUUGCUUUCCGUGGGCGAGUUUGUCGGUUUGACUGUCGAUCAUCUUUGUCAGACAUUGAUUUCUUGCUUUGGUGCCAUUCAGAAUGGAUUCGGAUUGAUGGGAAAAAACGUCCUGAAUCUGUACGAAACCAUGCUUCGAGGGAGUGGCCAAAUUUGGAGCGGCAUUGUUCAUUGCUCCAACCUCUUGGGCGCCAGUAUUAUCUUGCUCCUUCAAUUGGUACCCAGAACUGUGUCCAUAAUUCUCACCCAUAUGGGUCAGAGUCUCCAACGAGCUCUUGAGGCCUGUUUCCAGGUCUGCCAGCGAGUGGCAAUGGCUUUCAAAUCGACACCAGUGGAAAUGUUCAUUGGUCUCACAUCGGGGGUGAUGAUCUCCUAUCUCAGUUACCGAUUGGUCCGAAAACUUGUCCGAGACCACGAGAUCACGCCCCGAUGGCUGCUCGAAACGACUUUCCGGCUCACCCUUUUUGUGUAUAUUAAUUUUGUGCGAGGAGCCCUGGCCCUGAUCUUAGGUGUGGCUCAAGGUGUGUCUUUGGUCUUGUCGCAUAUGCAUGUCCCGCAAUUCCAUCAUGCCGGGGAUAGUGAUCCCGAUGAGGAGGAGGAGCCGGGUGCUUUGCCUUAUUCUUUGGACGAUUCGGACCCGGAGGAUCAAGAGCGACAAACGCGAAAACGGCGAAACUACGAUCGAUUGUUACUCAGACGGGAAGCCAGACUUCGGCGGAAUUUGCUCGAGGACGAUGAGGAUGUGGAGGAUCUACUCUUUGAGCAAGUGGAACGUGAGCGCGAGGACAAGUUGUGUGUGAUAUGCCAAGAUCAAGAAAAGUGUAUCAUGAUCCUGCCUUGUCGGCAUUUGUGCAUUUGCCAAGGAUGUCAAGGAGCCUUGCUGCAGGCUCAGAAUAAGUCUUGUCCAAUUUGCCGGAGGAUGGUUCGUCAAACCAUCAAAGCCUAUCUGUGACAAAAACUGGCGGAAUCUUGGUUGGCGAGAAUGUUACUUAUAGAUUUUGUACCUAAGCUCAUUAUAAAAGCCUAAUAAAAGAAUGUGUAUAGUU